CACAGUUGGACUUGAAUUUACAUCAUUUCAAAUAAAUCACUUUAUCGUGUUGGUGGUUAGGUCAGAGUUUACAAACUUGAUAUCAUGGCUAAUAUCCUCCCUCCAGCUGAUCCUCGAGUUGAAAACUGGCCAUUGAUGAAGGAUCCAACACCAGUGUUCGUAACUGUUCUACUGUAUCUAGCUUUUGUUCUCUGGCUGGGUCCAAAGUUUAUGAAAAAGCACCAAACACCAUUUGACCUACGUCCACUAAUGGUUGUUUACAACCUGUUUCUAGUUCUACUUUCUGGUUGGUUGGUAUACGAAUACGCUGUUUCAGGAUGGUUUACCGGAUAUUCACUUGGUUGUCAACCUACUGAUUAUUCAAGAAGACCAAUUGCUAUGCGUAUGGCUACUGCAUGCUGGUUUUUUUUCAUUUCUAAAAUAAUUGAGUUAUUUGACACUGUACUGUUUAUUCUUCGAAAAAAAUUUGAGUUAGUUAGCUUCCUUCAUGUCUUUCAUCAUGCAAUUAUGCCUAUUUCUUGGUGGUAUGGCGUGAAGUAUGUUGCAGGUGGUUUGGGAACUUUCCAUGCAUUUUUAAAUUGUAUCGUUCACUUUUUUAUGUAUACAUAUUAUGGUUUAGCUGCAGCUGGACCUCGUUUUCAAAAGUACAUAUGGUGGAAAAAAUAUUUAACUGCAGCUCAAAUAUUCCAAUUCGUCAUUGUUAUUGUUCACGUACUCUAUGCAUUGUCUAUAACCGAUUGUAAUUACCCAAAAUUUUUCAGUUAUUGGAUUUUGUCAUCAGCAUCCGUUUUCUUAAUUUUAUUUGCUAAAUUUUAUUCAAAAACUUACAAAAAACCAGUCAAUUCGACAGGUCGAUUAACAACUGAUGCCAAAUACUGUAAUAAAAAUCAAUAAAUCAUGUGACCGGUGUUUACGUUUCCCAUUGAAUAAAAAUCAUACAUUCACUAGUGAUAAUUACAAUUGUCGUUAUUAAUUCAUAUAUAUAAGAAUCUGCUGAAUAUUAAUAACAUGUAUACUUUUGUAUGGUUAUUUUUUCUUACACUUUCUCACACAUCCAUCCAUAUCUGUUUGUUUGUUUGUUUGCUGGUUUAUGAAUAACAGCGAAACAUUUUUUUUCCAAUCGUCUUCUCAAAUAUUUUCAUCAGUUACAUUUAUUGUUGAUUAAUGUAUCAUUCUAUUUUGUGAAAAAAAUUGUCAUGAAUUGAUAAACACACACCUACGCACGCACAUAUGCAGACACACACACACUGUAGUGUACAAGUGAUUUUAUGUGCACUGUUCUGUUUGAAAUGAACAUUGUUCUUUGAUAGGUCAAUGAUGUCAGUUCAUUUUUGAUACCUUAUUUUAUCACAAGAAUAAAUAUUAAUCAUUGAGAGAAUUAA